AUGAGCUCGAAGCCAAUGGCUCGGCAGCGCAUCGUCCCUGCCAUUCCGCAUCAACUCAGCAUCCGCCGCGCAAAAGUCGUUCCAGCAGGCAAGAGCGACCAACAACCCGCCGACGACAAGGGAAAGAGCGCAUCGCCUCUGGCCAGCGCAGACAAAUUGCGCACAGAUGGCAACGAAGAUGCAGACGCGCGUCAACGCAACGACAAUGCCGUAUCGGUCAAUGGAACCAAAGACGAGCAAGCCAAACAGGUGGUCGCUGAGGACGAGCCCGUCGCAACCAAGGAGCUUGCUGUGAACAAGGAACCUCUCGAGAAAGAAAAGCCUGUCGAGAACAAGCAAGAGCUUCCUGCUGAGAAGGAAGUGGUUGUUGAGAAGGAGAAGAAGGUGGUCAACGGAGUGGCUGCACCUCCUUCUCGCCGCCAACCUCACUACCAAGACGCUCAGGCUCUCCCAUUCGUCCCCAAGCAUCAGUACAACAAGCACAGCGAAUCUAUCGUUUUUGGUGGUCUUCGAGACUCGUCCAGCGCCUCACCUGCUGCCAUGUCAAACCCGGCCUUCGUCAUUCCUCCACCCACAUCCGCCAUGGCUCCUGCAGUGGGUCCCUACGACAGCUACCUUCCCGCUCAGCCAUAUGCCCCUAGCAUUCCUCCUGCUCCUGUGGCCGUCAUGGGUCCUCCUCCAUUGACCGACGGCCAUGCUUUCGCAAUCACCAACGGAGGCGCCGCCCAUGUCGGAAGUAUUGCGUCUUCACCUUCGCGCACGCCAUCUGUCCCUCUUGGCGAUUCCGCUGUUGCUACACCCGACGGCUAUGUGCCACACAAGCACCAUGCUCUCCAGCCAUCUUAUCCUCCUCCACCUCCUCUCGAUAACAACGUGCAGCAUCUGGCCGACUAUGUCCUUUCCUACUGGAACCAGCACGAGUUUGCUGACUACCUUCUUGAGCUGUACUCGGGUAACCGGUCCUCAAGCCCUCUGAUGCUGCCCGUACACGGCAUCAUCAUUGCUCGUUACCCUGGUUUCCUUAAGCUCAUCAACAACAUGCCCCAGACUCGUACCCACUCGCGUGCUAGCAUCGUCCACAUGCCUCGCAGCUACUGCUUCCAAGACGCUUCUGCUUUCGCUGAUGCCAUGCGCUACGUCUACGGCGGCCGAUUGAUCGAGCCCAUGUACGUCUACAGCAACCCUGCAAGCACUCCGGCCUCCCGCAUGCGUUACGUCUUGUCAUACCUCGCCGCUGGUCAUUUUCUGGGUGCUGAGCCUAUCAUUGUGCACGCCUACAACAUGGCUUUGCGUAUUCUUGGAUUCAAUGAGCUCGAGACUGUCCUGUUCUUCUCAGCCUGUGGCUGGUGCCUCAGUGAAAACUGCUUGUACGGUCCCUACGCCACUCAGAUUGUCUUCCAGGCUCUGUACUUGAUUACCUCAAACAUAUACCCCGACUUUGUCUUUGAUGCCUCGGCCUCCGAGUUCUCGUCUGUGCCUCGUCUUGGAUCUGGCCACAACUCUCAAUCUCGUCCCGAAUCUCGAUCUUCCUCUGUAUUUGCAUCCACAGACAUGCAGUCGGGCCAGCGUCCUAUGUCAGGUAUUCGUUUCGGCUCAGCAACCCCCAGCAGCUCAGACACUUCCUCGCCCAGCUAUCUGCUGUCCUCUGCACUGUUGACUCUGUCUUUCGAUCAGCUGAAGAUUGUUCUAGAGCACGAACAGCUGGUGGCAAACUUGGGUAUCGACACGCUACUCUCCAUCGCUGGCGAUAUUGUGCGUGAGCGUGAGCGCCGUCGUGUCGACGCUUGCAACUUACUGCACGACCAAAAGAAGAAUCCCGAAGGCGUUCUUCUACUCUCAGAGGCCGCAGGUCGCGAUGCAACUGGCACACGCCUCCAGCUUCGGGUCACCCACCUCGGAUGA